CAGAGCUGUCUCAUUGGUGACAGUGCUAUUUCGUAAGAUGAAACAACUUGCAGUUUUAGUGAUUAUUCCAUCUCAGCCUUCGAUGGCAAGUCUUGUGCUACACUGGCAACACAAGCGUGCGCCUCCAGAAUGUUUUCUUCUAUAGCUUCCUGCGGACAGAAACACGACCGUGCGACCAGAGGCAGUGGGAAAAUGUGCUCCAGAUUGCAAGAAAAACGCACGAAGCUCUGUGCCUACUCAGUCAGCGUCUGUCAGAGCGCCCACUCUUUUCUUUGCCUAUUUGUUCAUAUGUUACUCAAGUCUUGCGAUAUUGUUUGAGCACCCAAAAAUUAUUAAAGAAAAUGCAUUUUCAUCGAGAGACUGAACUACUAAAAAUUACCUCUAUUUCUCCGGGAUUACAAUUAUAUCUGUCCCACAAGUCAUUGCGUUUCCGCUUGAAAAAAUGAGCGACAAAGUAAAGUGACUGAAGUGUAAAACAGCAAUUGAUUGGUCAUCAGCAUGUCACAGAGGGUCAAGGUCAGCCAUUGCCCCCAUGUGAACAGUGUGGGCGACAACUCAUGGGAGGAUGUGAGGAGGAAGAAAGAGAGGGCAGAUAUCUGUGACUCGUGUAAUGCAGGUGGUCCUAACCUGUGGCUGUGUCUACAUUCGCGGUGUAUGUUCGUAGGCUGCGGAGAGUCUGGAGUGGACCACAGCUCGUCGCACGCAGAGGUAGACAAACACUGCUUGGCCAUCAACCUGAACACCAUGAGAAUAUGGUGUUAUAGGUGUGAGUGUGAGGUCUACAAGGAUGGAAAUAAACCUGCCUUUGUCAUGCGAGAAAGGAGUAUUCUGUCUCCCCAUGGGACAUUCACCCCAGACCCUGUGNCACGAUCUGCUCCAUUCUGA